CAGUUCAGUUCAACAGUUGAGUUCCCAACGAUAAGCACACGUACUCGUUUGUGGCGCUCCUCACGAUCAGGCGUAUGCGUUGAUUGGGUGUUCUAAGGUCCUUAUCCCGAUUCGAUUUGAAUCGGCUAAAUUGUGUCAGUUUUCGUUUGGUUCGUAGUUGAGAUCAUGGUGUCAAACAGUGAUUGAAGUUAGUGUCGGUGGUGUUCUGCCAGGUUUGGUGAAAAAUCAACACGAGUGAACUUGAUCCAACUUGUUACGGCUGUUUCAGCUGGGUUGUGCAAAGGGUUGUGAUCGGGUGAAGUGAAACAAACAGGAAAAACAAGUGAUACUGAAAACGAAAAUAUUGGUGUUACGCCCCAAAAGUGGUCACCGUGGUCAGAGUGGUUGGCAACUCUGAGGUAAUGCAAAUCUACUGCUCGCCAGCUCACGGAGGAGCGAUGAGGCAAGAACUGUGGAAAAAGGUGGAACAACAAUAAUAAAAAAGAGUUUUUAGCAUUGAAAUUGUGAUGGUGAUGUGUGAGUUAAUGCCGAACCCGAUUUGCAGCUCCAAAUGGACGGAGAAGAACUGGUGAAGCAGACAGACCCUUUCCCAUUCGAAGCAGAAGCGUUGACUUCCGUGCAACAGAUAGAAAGCAGUUCGUGUAGUGACCCUUUCUGUUCGGUUCGACCAACUGUCAGUGGUCAGCGGUUUGCUUUUGGAUGGAACCGAAAUGAACUGAACAAAUGCUACCGGGCCUGGACCGACCGGAGUGGGCUAUGAGAGGAGAAGUUGUGUUGCAGUGAAAGAAAAUAUUCUUGCCGCGAUUGGUGCCCGUUGCUGUGGACAAACACUUGUUGGCGGCGUUCGUUACCCUUUAAUUAGAAGCGGGGUACAGAGUCCGAAAUACUCCUCCAAUGCGUAGUUCAGUACAUCCCGUAGACACCCACCCGCGCCGUCGCAUCCUCGUUCGCUGGGCCACCGUUCAAAGCGAAGACCGAAUUAAAAGUGUGAGUGAAGUGGUAGGAAAGUGAGAAAGCAAACAAAAGGUUGAACUUAAGGAAAUCAACCGUGAACCGUACACAGCGCGGCAGCCUCACUCACCGUCAGCAGGGUGUUAGCAUUGUUAGCAUCGUUCAAGCGUGACAUAGACUCAGAAAGGAAAACGAGAGCACAGCGAGAGUUUGGAUCCCGCAGGAGGAAGCUCUCGUCAGUCAUCUUGGAAACGGCACAAGCGACGCGUGUGGAAAAAAGCGAAGUGCACGUGCGUCCCGGGAGUGUUUGGGUUGGUUAUUGCCUUCAACGUGAUCUGAAAAUGUUUCGGUUUAUCUUUUAGAUUCGCAGUGACAGAAAUUGAACACGGCCUCAAAAGAAGACGGUGUGCGUAUGUGUGUAUGUGAGUGGCGAGUGCCGGGGGGAAGUAGAAAGAUAAAGUAAUUUUCAUCCACAAACCAGUUUUGUUGCGCCGUGACUGUUGCGCCGAAAAGUAGACUGAAACAACUCUCCAAAUCUUGCUCGCAAGCUGCCGCGAUUGCGUCUGUUGUCUGUGCGACGUGCUCCGGCCAAAGUGAGUGGUGGAUUGGUGGCGUACGGUUGCAGCGAUAACGCCUUGAAACUGGAGAACUCGCGAGCCUGGUCAAGUGUCCCGGCCGCACUGCAUGGCGUAAUUUUCCGUGGCCAAGUAUGUGCCAAGUGCCCUGUGGCGGCUGCCUAGUAACAGAAGAAACUCCCUUUGGGAAUCGAGUGCCAGCCAAUCCUUGCGAAAUCUGCCGACAGCCGUGCUAAUUGCUAAGAAAGUGAGAAGAAUUGGUCGUCCCGGUGGCUCUAAAAAGGGAAGGAAGGCGAAAACGAGAUACGAAGCCGGUUUCAAGUUGACGAAGGCUUUGGCGCAGUGUUGUGUGUUUUAUUUUUUACAUUGAAUCCAUUUUUGUUUCAUCGAUUGUCUCUACCGCGGAAGGUGAUCCGGUUUUUGUGUGUGCGCGAAAUCGCGAAUAUUCCCUCUUCCCGCGUGUGUGACGAGCCCGGGAAACCCAAAAUAGCAUUCUAAAUGAUUCCGUGCGUGAGCCUAACCGAAACCAGUGUCCUUGGGAAUAUGAAAGAGCGCGUUAAAGAGAUGCGCGUCUUCGGUUGCAGAUUAAACUUUUGGAACAAUGUUACCGCCAAUUUUAGCAACAAAGGUAACGGAAGUUCACCCGCCCAAAACUCGACCCGCAGCAUCAGUCCCAACACGCAGAGCCUGCCCAACGGUCACCUGCAGGCAUCACAUAUCAUCACCGGGCCCGGAACGGAACGGACGCUCCUUCAGCAGGGCAACCAAUCGCCAUUGCUGCAGCAGCAGCAUCAUCAUCCGCAGCAACCUCAGCAGCAGCAGCAGCAACAACAGCAGCUUCAGGCUCAACAGCAAAUCCCUCAACAGACGUCCCAUUCACCAUCGUUGCAGCAUCAGCAGCAGCAGCAGCAGCUACUUCAGCACCAGCAGUCCUCCCAGUCUCAUCAUCUCAACAGCAGCUCCAGUAGUUUAGGCAACAUCACGCCCACCUUUGUCCAGCCGCAGUCACCCACUCACUCAUUCAAAACGGCGUCCAUCAACGGUGCGGGUCAUCAUACGAACGGAGGCGAUCUAAAUAUGCCUGGUGGUCCAACAGCAGCGCCCGGAACACCAAACUCAAAGGCGAAGGAUGUAUCUCCUCGGGUUAAGAUCGUGGUGGCCCUGUACCCAUUCAAAGCGAUCGAGAGUGGCGAUCUGUCGUUGGAAAAGAAUGCCGAAUACGAAGUGAUCGAUGACUCGCAAGAACACUGGUGGAAGGUCAAAGAUCAGCAUGGAACCAUCGGCUACAUUCCCAGCAACUACGUCAAGGAGAAGGAACUACUCGGGCUUCAGAAGUACGACUGGUACGUAGGGGACAUGUCCCGGCAGAGAGCCGAAUCACUGCUCAAACAGAACGACAAGGAAGGCUGUUUCGUGGUGAGAAAGUCGUCCACCAAAGGCCUUUAUACGUUAUCGCUACAUACCAAAGUACCCCAAUCCCAUGUGAAGCAUUAUCACAUCAAACAAAACGCUCGUCAAGAGUUUUACCUCUCAGAAAAACACUGCUGUGAAACGAUACCGGAUUUGGUCAACUACCAUCGACACAAUUCCGGUGGUCUAGCCUGCCGACUCAAGACGUCCCCCUGUGACCGGCCGGUGCCACCGACGGCUGGUUUGUCACAUGAUAAGUGGGAGAUCCAUCCUUCGGAGUUGAUGAUUUUGGAGGAACUUGGUUCGGGUCAGUUCGGUGUUGUUCGAAGAGCCAAAUGGCGUGGCUCGAUCGAUACCGCAGUGAAAAUGAUGAAAGUUGGCACAAUGUCCGAGGAUGAUUUCAUCGAAGAAGCUAAAGUAAUGACAAAACUCCAACAUCCAAAUUUAGUACAACUGUACGGUGUUUGUUCCAAGCAUCGACCGAUCUACAUCAUUACCGAGUACAUGAAGCAUGGUUCCCUACUGAACUAUCUGCGAAGGCACGAGCAGACGCUCAUCGGAAACAUGGGAAUGCUUCUCGACAUGUGCAUACAGGUCUGCAAAGGAAUGUCCUAUCUCGAGCGGCACAACUACAUUCAUCGAGAUCUGGCAGCUCGUAACUGUUUGGUGGGCUCAGAAAACACCGUUAAAGUGGCAGAUUUUGGCCUUGCCCGAUACGUUCUAGACGAUCAGUAUACCAGCUCUGGUGGUACGAAAUUUCCAAUCAAAUGGGCUCCACCGGAGGUACUCAACUACACCCGAUUUUCGUCCAAGAGUGACGUUUGGGCAUACGGUGUACUGAUGUGGGAAGUAUUCACUUGUGGCAAGAUGCCCUACGGUCGCCUAAAGAAUACGGAAGUCGUAGAACGUGUCCAGCGGGGAAUUAUUCUAGAGAAACCAAAAGCAUGUGCGAAGGAGAUAUACGAUGUGAUGAAAAAAUGUUGGUCUCAUGGCCCCGAGGACAGGCCCGGAUUCCGGAUACUCAAAGACCAGCUCGCAGCUGUUGCGCAAGGUCUUACCGAUUAGGCAGAUUGGCUCCGGAAUCUCAUUGCAUCCCAUUGGCACACCCGGAACGUGCGUGUGUUUGUGUAAAACCGCAUAAAUAUACCAUUCUUAUCUUAGGGCUAGAUGAUCCUGCUUUUCAUUUCAAAACAUCUCUAUCCUACUAGCAAACCUACUACCACAAUUGUACGUAGUCGAAGCGCAAUGCUGUCGAAAGGCAUUUGGCGAUGGCCGUAUUUUAUACAUUAGAAAUAUUGUGCUUGCAACAAAAAAAGUGAAAAUCUAUCCAUAUCUGUAUCGGAAACUUGAAACACAAAAUAACAAAUUAUUAGAAAAACACAAACUUUUUGUACCGUUGUCUGCCACGAAUAAAGCCAACCGACUGCACAACAAACACAAACUAGCAACUCUCAGUAAGUGCAGUCUCUCAAUUAACAAACUAACGGAAAACUACACUCCAGCAAAUAGACUUACUAUAAAUAUACAACUCUAGAUAAAAUUACAGCGAACAGCUACCGGACAGUCAUCCGUUUGUUCCUUGCGGUGCUGCUUAAGGAAAAGGGACAAACGUUCAUUCCUAAACCGUGAAACAUACUUCUCAUCUUCAAUGCAUUAUACUUUACUUCGAUAUUUUCUUCACAUUCAAAUUAAGCAUGAUACCUAAACACUGACUGAAUCACAGAAUCAAGCACACACUAGUAAAAGCCAGCAAAGCAUAAAAAGUCAGCGAAGCCGAAAAAAAGAAGUAAAGAAUCAACCAGGAAAUGUGAAUCAAAAUCAUAAGUUUUCCAAUUUUACUGCGAUACACAAAACAAUAAUUUUUGUGACUACAAUCUAGAUUUAGGAGGCGAUGGAGUGAAAAGCAAUGGAUAAUAAACGGUGGAUUCGAGACCGAAGCUUUUGCAGGCUAGGCUCCCGGUGCACCGAAUCAAGGAGUAAGGUUAGGCAAACCGAGUGAUUUGCGUUACGAUGAGUACGUUUUUUUAGCGACACAGACAAGUGACAAACUUUCCAACUUUAUUAGUGGUAUUUUUUUUCUGCGUAAGAGAUACUAGUACUACGGUUAACUUUACACUGUAUUGAAAGCAUAACAAUAGUAGAUAUAUCGGUGGGACGUAAAACAGCGGAAGUAAGAAAGCAUAAGUGAUAUUUAAUAUUUUUAGUAUAGUUUUAGAGACUUAUUUAAUUGGCCCGUUUAUGUGUCCACUCAAAACCCUUAAGAAAAAAGAACAGAUUAUAUUGGUCGAGUUUUUUUUUAGCAGUUUCGUGUUUUCUUCCAGUUCAGUCAUUAAGUUCAAUCAAUCAUUGUUUUGCGUUGCGAGAUUUUUUUUUAUUGUACAGUUAGCUAUAAUUUUCUCAUAGGGUAUACUUUUGGUAGACCGUCGCCUACUUGGGCAAAUCAAACAAAUAAACUGGUACAUACAGUGCGCGUCGUACACACGAGGCGUCGCUAGUAGUUAGCGUUAUUUCUUUCGAAAUUCUAACGAUGCUUGUAUUUAAAAUUUCGUAUGAAACUGAAGCAACAAUACACAUACACAAAAAUAUCUAAGAGAAAUCAAGAAAUGCCAUUUUUACAAUAUAUGAGUAUAGGACUUUAAUGUUUAAUUACAAAUCUACCAGCAGAGAAAAGGCAGAGCGCAGACAAGCAUAUAUGAGUAUGAUAAAAAUAAUAUGCGGAUUCAAAAUCAAGCCAAUAAUCUUAGGAUUUGAAGUAAGCCUAGCAUAUUGCCUGUGCUAGGAGUUGUACUGUUAGGAAUAAAAAAAACGGAAGCAAAAAUAAUGGAAGGAAUAAAUAGUAACAAGUACCGAGCAUAUACCGUAACACUCAUACAGAAUUGUCGAAUAAUUUUCGAAAUAUAUAUACAUAUACAUUUUUACGUCAAACUAGAGCAGACUCACCUGUCAACAGGUGCUGCGACAGGUGAACCAAAUUAUUGUAUGGAUAUAAAGAAAACAACAGAAAAAAAAACAAUUGAAAUCGUAACUAACUACCAGAGGUUCACUUUGAAACGUUGAAGUCGGCUGAAAAACAACUCGCUGAAACGUUGAUUGAUCAAGAACAGAAAGCAGGAUUAUUAUAGAUGUCUUUUAUUCGAGAUCAACUAAAACCAAUAAAUAAACUCGAGAAAAAUAUUGAUUAUGUCUUGUAUAAAAACAA